CUUGACGUCCACCCGUAAGUUCGAUCCUAACCUCACUUUGCACUGCACGUGUGUUUUGAUUUUUCCUGCUGAAAUAAAUAUUGUAUUUUCCAGAAGAAAACCAUGGAAAAAUAUACCGUGCCCAAUAAACUCCCGGCGAAAAAGGUGUCCAUCCUCGCACGUCGUCGAACGAGGAUAACAAAAGAGAAAAAUCUCGCCAAACUUCGGGAAGACACGCGUAGAAAGAUCUUGCGGAAGAAAAGACGUGCAUUCAAGAAGCCCGAGGCAUUUAUCAUGGAGUACAUAAAGGCUGAAAGGGAUGAAAAGCGCAUUGAGAGGAGAUUGCUGCACUCAAAGCGCUUUGAGGUGAACGUACCGCAAUCAUCAGUGCUGCUUAUCGUGAGACACCGCACGAGGAAAAUAGCAUCGAAACAUGUUGACAAGGUGAUGGGGCAGCUUCAUCUCAAGGCACAGCAUGCGGCUGUUUUAGCAAAACCGACUGCAAGAGUGGCCGCAAUGCUCUCCAUCAUUGAGCCUUACGUGACUUGGGGCACGCCGAAUAUUCACACGGUGAGAGAUUUGAUCUUCAAGAAGGGAAAACUCAUGAUAAACGGUCGACUGGAGACUAUACAGUCCAACGCGAUGAUCGAGGAGGCUUUUGGCGAUCUAGGCAUCAUCUGUACUGAGGAUAUCGUCCAUGAACUAUUCACGGGCGGAGAGAACUUCGACAAAAUCAAUGAGAAAUUGAAACCCUUCAAUAUGAAUGCCCCGCGCGAUGGAUGGAAAAAGAAGCUCGUUGUCAGCUAUGCCAAGGGCGGCGAGUACGGAGAUCGAGGAAAUGCGAUCGAUGAACUCAUUGAUCGAUGUAUGUGAGGAUUUCUAAUAAAAGAUUGUAAUUUUUCCGAC